AUGCCGCCUCGAUUAAGUUCACAAUUGAGUUGUUAUCUUUACCCACAGCUAGACCCUGGAGUCAAGACGGUCCGUCUCCUCGAGCUCUUGCCAGCGGACUUCUCCGUGCUGCCCAUACACUGUCAGCUUGUCGAGAGAAAGCUCUCUCCUUCCCUGUCCUACAAAGCACUGUCUUACGCAUGGAAGAACGAAGACGUCGCUCCAGAUGAGGCUAUAUACUGCAACUCGAAGCCUAUCUACAUAAGUGCAAACCUUCAUGCUGCUCUGCGGCGAUUCAGGCAGCCCGACGAGGUGGUCAGCCUCUGGGUCGAUGCUGUAUGCAUCAACCAGCAAGAUGAUGCUGAACGCGCCUAUCAAGUGGGCAUGAUGCGGGACAUAUACCAAUUUAGCAGUGAGGUUCUGAUCUGGCUUGGUGAAAGCGGGCCCGACGAUGACAUGGGUGACUGGAUCUGGGAGAAUGUUGGCACCGUGGGUGAUGAUGUGCGCGGCACGCACGACAAUCCAAAUGUCGUGCAGUGGUUCGGCAAUAAAGAUGAUAUUCCAAAAUUGAAGGCAUACUUUUCUGCGACUUCGGAAGAUAGGGCAUUGAGGUUCGAUGACAAUAGGUGCGAUAUCUUUGGCACAUUCUGUGUCUUCCAGCUUCUCGCGAGCGGGGUCCCAGUCGACAAAAUCUGGCAUUUGCGACACGUGAGCUAUUCGACGAGCAUCAUAAAUGGGCUCAAUGCGAUCAUGAAGAAGGCAUGGUGGCGGAGGAUAUGGGUGGUACAGGAAACGGUCGUGGCUAAGAGCCCGAUGGUUUACUAUGGCAAUGUAUGUAUGCCUUUGAUGUGUGCGCCAUGGCGAAUGUUUGCCCUGGCGGCCGUCGAAUACGACACAAGCCGGGUCAAGGAUAACGUAGAUGGCCUCUUCUCGCUACUUAAAAGUGGACAAAGCCUAAUGCAAUUUACCCGCGUCAUCAUGGAAAUUGAAUCGACGCGUCGCACUUGGCAGAAGUUUGAGCCUUUGGUUCCACUUACGGUGCUUAGAAAAUUCCGUUCUCGAUUGGCUACCGACCCUAGAGAUAAGGUCUUCGCAGUCUUGGGGCUGAUCAGGCGAUGGGGUCUUGAGAAGUCUGGUCAAGCGACGGUGGGAAUCACUCCGGAUUACGCCCUUCGAGACUACCAGAUAUUUUUCAGGACUACGUGGCUACUAAUAAAGAACACGCGAUCGCUGGCACCCCUAGCAGGUACUCUAGGGAGUGAUGGCCGAUCCGAGAUGCCUUCAUGGGUUACAGACUGGAACUGCUCCCCCUCUAUUAACGAACAUAUCAGACUUGGUAACAUUCAGCUGUACAGCGCAGCCGAUUACCUUUGCGGCAGUGUUGCGCUCCAUGGACAAUCGAUCCUAGAAGUUCAGGGAUAUCUACUAGAUAAAGUUGAUCACGUUGGACGGGUACUUCAGAACAACCAAGGGAGAAACAGAACCCGGCUUACUGUCCUUGAAUGGCAGAAAGCUCUGCCGACGUUAACGGGGAUUGUAUCGGGCGGUUAUAUCGCGGGCGGAUCCUUAUAUGCUGCGUUUUGGCGUACACUUUGCUCGGAUCUGGAAUUCGUACAGUAUGCUGACAGGUCAGAGUACGUGCGAGAAUUCCGCAGGCUUCCGGGGCAGAUGGUCAGAAACGAAGCUUUCGAACAUUGGCUUACGGUCGACGAAAGUUCCCGCAGGCGGACAUCUUUGAUCGGGGGCAUAUGGGUUGAGCCAACGAACAGUGAGAUGGAGACACAAAGCAAGAACGCAUUUCAGUAUUUGCUGGAAUGCGCCUCCGGAGGGAGGCGGUUCUUCAGAACGCGAAGCGGCUACAUAGGGACAGGCCCACCUGAUAUGAAAGUAGGGGAUUCGGUGGCAGUGCUGCUGGGCAGUCAGGUGCCUUUCAUUCUUCGCGAGGAUGGCCGCCCGAGGCGGUGUUCCGGUCACGAUAUAGAUGUUCUGUUCAGUGAACGGGCCUCAUAUAAAGCUGGGAAAGGGGCCAAGGCGGAAGGUGUGGAAAGAUUCCAAUGCUACGUCACGCAUCGACACUGUCACCGUGUUGUGGGAGAUGCUUAUGUCCACGGUAUGAUGAGAGGAGAUGCGAGGGGCGCCAAUCAGUGGAACGAUGCACCGAUAUUUCUUGUAUAA